CUUUUAUAGACAAGAAAGUCUGAUGAUCAGAUCGUCUUUAAUAAACGAUGGAGUCCAAUUUUACCUGUAAAUCUGUCAAUAUUGAUUUCACACACACAUUUCUGCCCUCAGUCUACGUGGCUGUUUUCAUCCUUGGAGUUAUUGGCAACAGUUUGGGGCUGAAAUCCAUGUAUGAUAACUGGAGGAAAAUUGGUAAUGUAAAUAUCUUUGUGCUCAACCUUUGCCUGGCGGACCUUUUAUAUCUUUUAACCUUGCCCUAUUUGGUGGUUUACUACGCUUCCAGCAGCAAUUGGAUAUUUGGAGAUGUUUUCUGCAAGAUUUUAAGAUUGUGUUUCUGCAUCAACCUGUACGGCAGCAUUGGUUUCCUCACGUGCAUCAGUGUUUACAGGUAUCUCGGCAUCGUUCACACUUUAAGAGCUAAAGGCAGAAUUACAGCCAGACACUCUGUGGUGAUUGCUUCGCUGGUGUGGUUUUUGGUUUUUCUACAGUGCCUGCCCGAUAUGUUCUUUGACAAAACCAACAGCAAUGUAACAUCAUGUUUUGACACAACUUCGGACAAGUACAUUAGGGAAUACCUGAAGUACAGCGUCGGAAGAACGGUUGUUGGAUUCGGGAUCCCGUUGUUAAUAAUGUUAUGCUGCUACGGACAUGUGGCGUUUACUCUGAUGUCAAAGAAAGACACCGAUGUCAUCUUGAAGCUGAGGUGUCUCCGGCUGGUUGUCAUCCUGACCCUGCUCUUCGCUAUAUGUUUUAUUCCUUACCACAUUUUUAGAAAUUUAAACCUGGCAACUCGAAUCUCCAAACUGGAGGGCGCGUGUCUGAAAUGGUAUUCUAAUGUGUACAUCGCAAACCAAGUUGGUAAUGGAUUGGUCUGCCUGAACAGUGCGAUCAACCCACUGAUUUACCUCUUUAACAGUGAUGAUUUGCUGAUGAAGUGCUUCGUAAAGUCCGGACGAGCCCCUCAAUCUGCUGCCGUCUCUCUUGUGGCAGACUGUCCCUUACAGAAGCAAACUCUACACAGCAUGGCAAAUUUAUGAAUUAUAGAUGAGUAUUCUAUAUGGUGUGAUGACUUUUUCUCGCCUCGAGUACAUGGCUGUUCAUCAAGAGUGACUGAAACGAUUCUUAUCUUGUUCAUCUUUAUGACAGUUGUGGUUUAUUUGGAGCCCCACUCUGUUAUGUACACUGUAGAUCUCGUGACAGGAUAUAUGCUCUAAUGUCUCAUUGUAUUCUGAAAAACAGAAGUGAGUUUGUUCUUGUGUUUCAAUUUCCAACUAUCAAGGUUGAGAUAACCUGAAUGUGGUGUAUUUUUAUGUGGUUUGUAAUGCUUAGUUUACACAUUGAAUGACUGAAAAUAAUUUUUGCUUCUUAUUUUUGCAGUUUUUCAUACAUAAAGAACUUCACAGUAGUGCUCUAGUUUCUAAGCAACAUAAUACUACUAAAACAAACACAAAUUGACCUAAUGGUUUUUAUUACACAAUAUUACACAAAGGAACAGUAAUCUAUUAUACACAUUAAGAUAUGACACACCAAGCAAUCUUAUAUGAUUGCCAUGUGGUAAAGUAAAAGCAAAACUGAAAGAGCUGAACUUUCUUCAAAAAAGAUAGAUAGAUAGAUAGAUAGACUUGCAUCCAAUACAUGAACAAAACUAUGCAAGGUACUAAACACAAACAAGAUGGAGUUAUUUUAACUAAAUAUCAGAAAGAAAUGGGUACUGUGUUUUAUCUUUGCUUGAUGGCCAACAUAAAAAACUACUCUCUAAAGAAGAAGAAAAAAAGUAAAUCUUUAUUAUCCCCAUUACUUUAACACAGAUCGUAAAUAUAUAUUGUCUUUUGUAUAAAUAUAUUUGUUUAUAUUCUU